AGGGGAGAGGAGGGGAGGAAAAGAGGGAGCCCAUUGGUCAGCGGGGACCUUGUGUGGGUCGGCCCGCCGCGGCCCCCAGGGACUCAGUUUGACCAAGGGGCCCUGAGUUCCCCGCCGCGGCCGGCCGGGGUCAGGGGUCGGGGGCUCAUGGGGUUCCCGGGGGUGGGGCCCUGGUGGUCGUUGGCCCUGGUGUCUCUGGCGGGGGGGGUUGUUGUGGGGGUCGGGGGUGGGAGCGUCUGGUCGGGGCCGGGCACCACCUGGCAGCUGGGCAGCAUCUUCCGCGGCCGGUGCGAGGAAUACGUCUCCCUGUUCGACCCAAGCCUCCGGGACAAAAACUGCACUGCCAUCUGGGAAGCCUUUAAAGAAGUACUUAAAAAAGAUUCCUGUUCUGUACUCCCCUCAGAUUAUGACCACUUUAUUAAUCUGUCAAUGCACGCUAUUCCCAAAGAUAAGAGCUUGUUCUGGGAGAAGAACCAUCUGCUUGUCACUAGUUAUUCCGAUAACGCUCGUCGCUCAGUCUCUCUGUGUGAUGUGUUGUAUGGAAGAGUUGGUGAUUUUUUGAGUUGGUGUCGAAACAGAAAUGACUCUGGACUUGAUUAUGAAUCUUGCCCUACAACAGAAGAAUGUGAAAACAACCAUGUGGAAUCUUUCUGGAGGAGAGCAUCUCAACAAUAUGCUCAGGACAGCUCUGGGGUCAUAUAUGUUAUGUUGAAUGGUUCUGAUCCAGAUGGAGCCUAUCCAACCAAAAGUGUUUUUGCAGAGUUUGAGAUUCCCUACUUCCGAAAAGAAAAAGUCACCCGAUUUGAAAUCUGGGUAAUGCAUGAGAUCGGAGGACCAUAUCUGGAAUCCUGUGGGAAAGGCACUGUGAAAACACUUGAAGAUAGACUAAAGGGAAUGGGGUUCAAAUACAGCUGCAUUAAUAAUCACAGACCAGUAAAAUUCUUGAAGUGUGUGGACCAUAGCACUCAUCCUGACUGUGUUUUUUCUUCAUCAUCUUAAAAAUAUUCCUCCCCCUGGACUCCUCCCCCUGGAAUCCUCCUCUGGCUUAUGUGAGUGUUCAGUUUUAUCCCUGAGGAAGCUGCCUGUCAUUUGGAAUCGCUAUACUCCCUAGUUUUUUUGUAGCUUUCAAAUGCAACGGACACAAAAUGAUGAUCUCUGUGAUCCAUUCAAUUUGUUGGUUUGUUUGCUUUACUGGUUGAAAUGCCAAAAAGGCAAUUGUAUUUUUUAAACAAUGCUCUGCAAAUAGUAAGCGCUUGAGAAAUACGAUCCCAUUGCCAGAAGUAUUUUAAGAUCGCUACUCAUGGUUUUAUAAUCCUGCAUUUUGCCUACAACAUAUUUUCAGAGGAGGGGUUGGGGGAGGGCUUAUGCAAAAAGUACCUUAGCUAAAAGUACAUCAGAAAAUUGUCCUUGUGCUUCCUUCCCUCAAUCUAGAAUGAGGAAAUAGUUAAUCCUGAAGACUCUGCUUUGGUCCAGCUAAUACUGGCCCCAAAAUUACAUACCCUGUAUCUAGGUAGAACACUGGGCUCAUUGUAUCUAGUGACAUUUAAGUGUUCAAGGCAAUAGCAAGGAAAUAAUGGGGAAAAAUGAGCUUGAUAAACACACCAUGCCCUUCUGUUGGUCUUCUUCCCUUUCAUGCUUGUUUUAAGGCAAAAUGAAACUGUGACCAAUAAAAAUCCAAAAUGAAUACAACGGCUAA